AUGGACUCAUCUGCUCCUCCCCCACACCCUUACAGGGAGCCUCCUCCAGUCCACAGGACCCAAAUCCAGGUUACUAACGAGGCCUCCCCUCCCCUGGUCCCGGAAGACUCUGCGACUCCCAGCUCCGCUGCCCGGGAGCCAACCUCGCGCGCCCCCCAAGCCCGCCCCUGGGCGGAGCUCCGCAGGCCCAAGGGGGUGGGCUGUCCCGUCGUGACGUCACUUCCGCCCGGGCCUGGCCGGGGCUCGGGCUCAGUGGGCCGAGGGGGGGCACAGAGGUGGCAGCUGUGCGAGGAGGCGGUGCGGGAGGCCGAGGAGCUCACGCCCGGACCAAUUCCGCGUCCGGGGCCGCAAGCCCCGAUCCUGCCGCGCACCGAGAGGCGAGACCGGCCGGAUGGGCCGCUGAGUCCGGAUCGGGGACCGGUGAGGCUCGAGCGGAGCGGGCAGCCGGUCCGGGGCGGGAGAGGCCUGGAGGCAGGGCCUGGGGGGGUGCCGCCGCCAGGCGCCGAGGGGACGGUGAGGCCCGCCCGGGGGAGGCCUGGCCGCGGCCGGGUGUAA